CACGAAAGGCUCGCCCCCUCCUCUCGUUCCUAAUUACAUAACAUCAUUCAAUGCUGUGUCAUUGAUGACGCAGAGAAAACACUAGAAAAGCAAAUUAGUAUGUACAGCAGCGACCAGUUCCGUCAAGGAAGUUUUGUAUGCACAGAAAACGCGUUAUUCAUCGAGUCCUGCGUCACUCGCUACAAUUGCUCAACGCCGGACGGAGACGCGUCUCUGGUCCAUCGCCCGUCCUCACGGGAAUCAUUCUCUCAUAAACGCUCGACUAAACCGACCGGAGGUCACGAGAUACGAACACUUUACCUGAGCUCACACCAGGAGACGAAGCUCUUACCAGCAGAGGCCGACGGCAGCCACCAGAGGGCACCAGUCGCCGCUGCAGGUCAUCGUUGAAGAGGCGGGCCUUCAGCAUAUUCGUCGCAGGAAGCAGUUGAUACCGCGCGCUCGACUGGUCCACCAUCACAAGCGAAGGUCGCCCCUGGUACCGAGGGCGAGGCCCCUUCUACUCACGCCGCCCCCUGACUUCAGAAGUGAAGACUGCGGGAUCCUACCUCGUGACCUCGCCUUACCCUGGGCGACAGCCACAGACCGGCGGAGAGACGGCAAAGCCGCGAGGGUCGCGAAUGUUGACGAAGACGGGCGGAACAGGAAAAGUGUAACUGAGACCAUCACUAACUCGGAAGUUAAGAGAUACAAGACAACAUCUGAAUCUGCGGAAGAAACCACUCGGGUAACUACUGACGAAAUAGAACACGCAAUUCAAGGUUCUGGUAACGACAGUUCAAAGAAAACACGUCUUCCUGAAGACCCGAAAGGGAGAUCUACAAAGACGAAUCAGAGACCUCCAAGUCCUGCAGGAGAUUCUGCAAACACAGCGCAAAACGAUACAGGGGAAUCUCCAAACAGAACCCCGGGUUUCAUAAGCGACGCUGUGAAGAGUGAAUCUACAACCAAAAAACCAAAUUCUGCGUCUGAACGAGGGUGUGAGGAAAGAGUCGAGAAUCCCACACGACGCACAGGAAGUACGUUUAAGAUCUCUGCAGGCCAGAGUGCGAAGAGACGCGAGGAUUCAUCAACAGGAGAAACUGAGAAGAGAAGCCAAGACGAAUCAACGACGAGAAGCGUUUACGGGCACCCGCGAGAGAAAAGUUGGUCAGUCACUGAGGACCUUGCAAGUAGAGGAAAGGACACUCCGGGCCCGGGCAGGCUCCAACGGGAGAUAGGACACACGGACUGUGGGGAGGGAGUCCGUACAAAGACGAAGCCAGACUCCGCACAGACGACGCGCGAGUUCUCAGGCGACGAAAGAAAACAGGCGAAAAGAACGGGCGGAAGGCACAUUUCAAGUGACAGACACAAACCACGACAAGUCCCUGAAAAUAAAAGCUCCGCAGGAAAUCAGCCCAGCAGCGAAGACAGAGGAGGUCAAGACUCUGCAGAGAAAAAUACAGAGGAAUCGACGCAGGUCGCACCAGAAGCCACGAUGUCCAGGAGACCGCAAGUGAUGCGGAUCACGGACUCCGCGACGACCUCCUGCAAGCCGCGGGUCGGGGAAAAACACGACGUGGUCAGAGCCCGGCAAGGAGAAGGAAGCCGCGCGAGUGGCACUCGCGAACUCAGGAGCAUCUUCGAGGUAGGACCACAAACUACGCCGCCCCUAAAAGCCUCCGGAACCGCACCGGAAAUUCUGCCGCCCUCUGGUGACACGACAAAGCCGAUGUCGAACUCCGCCUUGCGGGCGGAGAAAUCGUCAAGUGGAUCGAAGGUCAACUCGCCUCCCGGCCCAAAGAUCGCGGUUUCCAGGGCGACCACCUGCAACGGCCAGGAAGCACCGUCUACUAUCGGCAGGUCAGUUUCAGACGAUCACAAGGUGGCGGCAUUUGACGGCCUCCUUCAGUACCUACAGGACUGCAAGCAUGGUCUCCGCGAGCUCCUGGUGAACAACAACGUGGUCAUCAUAGAACCCGUCAGGCAGUCCGCAGCGAUUUUCCAAGAGCGGAAGUCAGCGUCCGAAAGCACGUGCCGGAUAACCGGAGCCACCGUCAAGAAAAACAGAGACACAUCGGCGUCGAACACUCUGCCGAGACAGCAGCCGAUACUACGACGGCACUUUUUCUACCACCCGGUCAGAAGCAACAGAGAACUCGUCGACGAGGAACUCCCGGACCCUGACAAAGUAAGACACGCCAGAGAAAUGUUUGAGAGAACGGUGAAAAUUCAGGACACGCGCAAAGGAGAUCUUUCAAACGCCAACGUCGCAAUCAGAAGUUCGGCGGCGAAGACGACCGACACGUCGAAAUCCGAGGACAAAAUCAAGAGAAGGUAUCUGACGGUGGACACGGUCUUCAGACACGACGCCCUGCACAAGCGAUGGACGGACUCCGGGAGUCUGUCGUCUGGUGUCAGCAGCGACCUGAGCUGCUGCGAGACCGACGUCGAGUCUGCCGACGCCCUCAGUCGCAGAGAGGACGCGUUCAGCGACGACAACGACGAGGGUCACUACGUACCACCGGAAGUCCUGGAGAGGAUCCGGGCGUGCGGAACGACCGUCACGUACUACGGAGGACAAGUAAUCUCAGCGAGCGACGGCCCGGUGCGCAGUCCGAUCACCUUGGCCAUCAUGGACGAAAUACAGAGGAGCAAGGGACAAGGAGAUCGUCUCACCCGGGAGCAGUGUCUGGGAGUGAAGUUUCGGCUCGUAAAGAGCAACAGCUGUGGGAGUCGCCUGGAGCUGGCAGGAACCGAGGACGAGCAUUCGUGGAAGAAACCAGACACGAGCACCGACGACGAGACAGGGAACGAAGACCAGGUCAGGGAAAACGGACAACGGUCUUCGACAACCGCGCGUUGGGACGGCGGGUCCAUACCUGACCAGGCCAAUACAUACGACAGAGUUAUGUGCUUUUCACCAGAGAAGUCAAAACGUCUUGAAAGGGGCAGUAAGACAUUCUUCGACGACAUGGAAUUUGAAGUAUUUGAAAUAGCUGAAGAUUCUCUGAACGUGAUAGAAGAACAGGACAUCGAAUGCGACAGCAGUGACGAGGACGGCGUCAGGAAAUCGGACCUGCGUGGUGGAAGGGACGUCGAUGUCCCUGUGGGAAAGCAAGAACCGAACGAUUCGGAAGAAACGUUACAAAGGUCAACUUCGAGAGCAAAAGACGACGUUCAAAUGACCACGUGGGCGUCACGAUCGGCGUCGUCUGAGAAUAGAGGCUGUCCGUCAACCCAAAUGUCAUGGCCGAACCACACUUCGUGCUGAAUAUUUGUCUUCAGCAGAAGACUGUCGAAAUUCAAGCUUCAGAGCCAUGAAAUACUUCGAGGCGAAGAAGCAGACGUUCCAAAUUGUCUGCACAUCACAUUUCCCAGAGAAACACGUGUUUCAAUCUGCCCCAAGUGACCUAAAGUUUGUCACUUUCAAUGCUACGAACGGAUAUACUGCCGCUGAAAAACCAACUACGUCUCUCCGGGCACAUUUCGCUUCCAAGAACAGUGUACAUAUGUUAGGGAAUGGCUACUUAUUUCGGGCAUAGAGAUUAAUAGUUUAUAAAAUAUCAGUAGUAACGUAUGAUUAAAAGCAUCGUAUACUAAUUAUAAUUCUAGAACAUUGGGUGCGUAUAUGUGAGACUGUGCAGAUACUGAACUCUGAUAUCCACAAUGUACUAAAUGAAAUUUUGAAAUAAAAGUUCACGUAAGACAA